CGUUUUUCUAUGUACCUGUUAAGCAUUGAAUUCACCAUCCGGACGGACGCGGAAUCCAACGAAUUCAUUUUCGGAGGGCUACACAGAAUAGGAAAAAGGGCUGUAUCACGUGCUGAAGCGUGGGCGUUACGUUUACAGCCAUACAACUUUAAGGUAUGUUAAAGUUCUUUUCAACAGCAAUCAUUUUAAAUUAACCAGAAUAUACAUAGGUUGCCAGAGUUCCUGGAGAAAUGAAUCUAGCUGACACGUUAUCCCGAUUGUUGGAGGAGUCGCAAUCGUCAGAACCGUUCGAUGAAGAUACGGAAAAACAUCUCCUGUACCUUUUGGAUGCCGGAACAUUGGAAUUCACUUGGAGUGACAUUGAGACAGAAGCUGAAAAAGAUGGUGAAUUGAUACAGGUAUGUGAAGCGAUCAAAACUGGACAUUGGGAUAAAAGCCUGCGGAAAUACGAGUCGGAAGCCAAGAAUCUGAGAGUUCUGGGAGCCCUAGUGUUCCUAAGAGAUAGGGUAAUUCUACCGUACACUUUACACGAAAGAGCCCUCGAGUCAGCCCAUCAAGGACACAUGGGCGCGGCUUCUAUGAAAAAAUUCUAAGGAAUUACUUCUGGUGGCCGGGCAUGGCUAAACAGGCUGAAGCGUUCGUCAAGAGAUGUGAGACUUGUUUGCGACUAUCCAGAAAAAAUCCACCCGUUCCUCUGACAAGUCGCGAGUUACCCGAUGGACCAUGGGAAAUUCUCCAGAUCGAUUUUUUCUCAUUUAAAAACUGUGGGUCUGGAGAAUUUCUGGUUGUUGUUGACACUUAUUCAAGGUACUUGCAUGUUGUGGAAGUCAAAAGCACCGAUGCCAACAGCACGAAUCAAGCGUUAAGCAGAAUAUUUGAGGUGUGGGGUUACCCGUUGGCAAUCUGCAGCGACAAUGGCCCACCAUUCCAGAGCGAAAACUUCGUCAAAACUUGGGAAGACAGAGGCGUCAAGAUCAAAAAGUCCAUCCCAUUGAGUGCCCAAUCGAAUGGGGCGGUAGAACGCCAAAACAAAGGACUCAAGGAUGCCCUUACUGCGGCAAAGGUCGACAACGUCAAUUGGAAGAUAGCGUUAGAAAAAUACUUGCAUAUGCAUAACAAAGUCAGACCAUUGUCGCGAUUGGGUGUUACACCUUUUGAAUUAUUGGUGGGUUGGCGUUUCAGAGGAACGUUCCCGUUCUUAUGGGAAUCUCUUCCGGCAGACAGCAUCGAUAGAACCGACAUACGUGAGAAGGAUGCGGUAUCUAAACUUGACAGUAAAAUAUAUGCCGAUAAGGUUAGAGGAGCAAGGACAUCGGAUAUCGUAGUCGGGGAUAAGGUACUACUGGCACGAAAUGUAAACCAAAAAGGAGAACCAACUUUUGCGGAACAUCGUUACACAGUUUUGGCUAGAGAAGGUGCGAAGGUUAUCGUACAAAGUGACCGGGGAGUUCAGUAUUCAAGAAACGUUCAAGACGUAAAGAAGAUUCCAGUAGAGCUUGAAGAGAAAGAUUACAAUGAGACAGAAGUAAACGUGGAUUUGCCUGUAAUUCAACUUCCUGAAGUGAGACCAGAUAAUGUUAAUACGCAGCGUGCAUCAGUCCCUCGAGCCCCACACAUCCCAGAACUACCGGGAGGGUGCAGUCUGGCCCUUUAUGCGGACGACAGCGGGAUUGUCGCAAACGGCAGGACUCCAGCGAUCUACCGAUCAAGACUCCAGCGGGGGGUGACGGCCUAUGUCACAUACCUUGCUUCGUGGAAAAUCAAGGUGAACGAAGCCAAGAGCCAGGCCAUUCUCUUCCGGCACCGUCAGUCACCAAAGCUCCUUCCACCACCGGACUGUUUCAUCCGGGUGAACAACAAGCCCAUAGACUGGGCCAACGAGGUCGGAUACCUCGGGGUCGUCUUCGACGAUAAACUGACGUACCGGGCCCACACCGAUGGGCUGAAACAGAAGUGCAUGUGGCUGCUUAACUCCCUGUACCCACUCAUCCGUCGACGAUCCCGACUGUCGCGCCGGAACAAGCUGGCUGUACUGAACACCAUCAUCAUUCCGGUAGUCAACUACGCAAUGCCGGUGUGGGGAACGUGCGCGGAAUCCCACAAACAAAAACUCCAAGUCGUUCAGAACCGGCUCCUACGAAUCAUCCUGGACGUUCCCUACGACAGCAGAAUCAGAUACAUGCACAGUGCAGCGGGCUGCAAAACGGUCAGGGACCGCAUCGAAGACGCGAUCGACAGCCUGUACGUGAGUGCCACCGCCUCCGAAUACCCGCUCAUAAGAGCGCUUGUUAAUUAG